AUGUGCCAAAGAGCCAUGGGGGGGAGCGUAGUCAGACCGUCAGGCUUCCAGUUUCCACUCGCCUGGCUAACUGGCCUGAUGAUUUCAGCCUCAGGUGUGCAGGCUCUCAAAGCGGCCAUGCCAAGCCAAAUGCUGCAAGUCUUGGCCUUGCUGUUGGUGGCAGCUUUGAUGCCAGGGUUGCUGCUGCCAGGCCUCAGGUAUGGAGUUGUGACCACACUCUGCCUAACAAGCUUGUUGUUGGCCACCGUCAGCUUGCAGUUUCUUGCUGCAGUGUUACAUGAGGCACCUCCACGGGCUCGACAUGAGCAGAAGGACGAAAUCGAUACGAUUGACGAUUCCCAGUGGAGCAGUUUGAUCGAAGGUUUGCUCGACAAGGCCAUGGCCAUCGCAGAUGGCACUGAUUCCAAGAAGUGGCAUUGGGAGGGCUUGGAGCAAACCACAGAGGCCUACAGCCAGGACAUGGGAACGCGCUUUCCUGCAUUCCUUGGAAAACUUGAAGUAUCAGGCGAAGCCCUUCGCCGCCAAAGCCCCGAGUCGAUUGCUCCCACGGCUGAAGAAGUCUUGGCCAUUUGUAUGUCCUUUCCAGGACGACAGAUCUCUGAUCCCUACCGAGCCACGGACAACACCAUACGGAGGCUCGGGCCCAGUGCAUGGCUGUCGUAUCAAACAUGGAGUGGCAACUUUGUCCAAGCCCCACAGGCGAGCUUAUUUCUGCAGGCCGUGCGGCGGUCUUCGAGUCCCGACGGUCCACGCUACACUUUGGCCACGGUACCAGCUCCAGGAGAACUUCUGAGUGCUUGCAGCCAGACU